GUAUUACACACUGAGUGAGGAUGAGUCCUUCCUGUUGGAGAUCAGACAGACGGUGCAGAAUGCCCUUGUGCAGUUUUCCACAAGGUCCAAAGAGGUGGACUGGCAGCCUUAUUUUACCACCAGGCUAGUGGAUGACUUUGCCACUCAUCUACGCAUCUUCAGAAAGGCCCAGGAGAGGCUAAACCAGAUAGAUGACCCCAAACAACGCGAAGCCCCUGAGGAGCUGUUAGAUGUGUUCUUUGAGACGGAGGUAGAGAUGGAGAGAAAGAUCUGUAGAGAUGUGGUGUGUACCUCCAACAAGGAUGAGGAAGGCUUUCUACGGGAUCUGUGCGAGGUGCUGCUGUAUUUGUUACUACCUCCAGGAGACUUCCACAACAAGAACAUGAGAUACUUUCUCAGGGAAAUUUUGUCAAGAGGAGUAUUGCUCCCCCUGAUUAACCAACUAAGUGAUCCAGAUUAUAUCAAUCAGUUUGUCAUCUGGAUGAUUCGGGAUUCCAGCUGCAACUAUGAAGCCUUUCUGAAUAUCUUAAAGCUGACUGACAAGCCAGAUGAGCUAGAGGCUGUCAAAGAUAAAGUUUUAGAGGAGCUCCAGUACCUACGCUCACUAGAUACUGCAGGAGAUGAUAUCAACAUGAUAAAAAAUCAAAUCAACAGCUUAUUAUUUGUGAAAAAAGUCUGUGAUACAAGAAUACAAAGACUACAGUCAGGGAAGGAAGUUGAUGCUGUGAAACUUGCAGCAAGUUUUGGAAAGUUGUGUAUAAUCCCAUUGGAUCACAUCUUAGUGCACAAUAUAGCACUGCAGUUCUUUAUGGACUACAUGCAGCAGAUGGGGGGUCAGGCAGAUCUCUUCUUCUGGCUGACUGUGGAAGGUUACCGGGUGACGGCGCAGCAGCAGCUGGAGGUCAUGCAGAACUGGCAGAAAGAUGGCAGGAAACAGAGCAACCAGACGAAGGGCCUGUUAAAAGCUGCUACACUGGGUGUCUAUGAACAAUACCUCUCUGAGAAGGCCUCUCCUAGAGUGCAGGUCGAUCAGGCAUCACUAGAUAGACUGACUGAAAGACUUAACAAAGAGGAUCCAACCCCAGAGAUGUUUGAUGACAUCCAGAGAAAGGUGUAUGAUAUGAUGUUGAAAGAUGAGCGCUUCUACCCCUCUUUUAGGCAGCACCCUCUUUACGUGCGCAUGCUGGCCGAGCUGGACAUGCUGAAGGAACCCAGUUACAGGGGGUCUGAUGAUGGAGAUGCGGAGUCUUUUAAUGGAUCUCCAACCGGAAGUAUUAAUUUGUCUUUGGAUGACCUCACAAACGCCACUACAGAUGAGUCUGUGAUAAUACAUGCUUUCAUCUCUGAUACUGUACUUGAUGCUUCUUUAAACCUAAUUCCCGUGCUAGGAGUGUGUAAUGACCACGGGAAGACCUACGCUCUCUACGCAAUCACCGUUGUCCGCAAGAACCCAGAUGGUAGUGAGGACACCUGGAAGACCUACCGUCGCUACAGCGACUUCCACGACUUCCACAUGCGCAUCACUGAGCAGUUUGAGAACAUCAACACUAUAUUAAAACUUCCUGGAAAGAAAACAUUCAACAAUAUGGACAGGGACUUCCUGGAGAGAAGGAAGAAGGACUUGAAUGCGUAUUUGCAGCUGCUGUUAAAUCCAGAGAUGGUGAAAGCUUGUCCCACUUUAAUACCUUACGUCCAUGACUUCCUGGAGAACAAGGCGUACAGCAAGGGCAAGGGCGAUUUUGCACGGAAGAUGGACACAUUUGUUAACCCUCUUCGUAGCUCCAUGCGGAAUGUUUCAAAUGCUGUGAAAUCGAUUCCUGACAGUCUGGCUGAAGGAAUGACAAAAGUGUCAGACAAUAUGGGGCGAAUGUCUGAGAGACUGGGCCAGGACCUCAAACAAUCCAUAUUUAAGGUUCCGCCCUUAAUUCCAAAGUCCGACAUUGACCCUGAACACUGCCGAGUCUCUGCCCAGUUGGAUGACAAUGUGGAUGAUAACAUUCCUCUGCGAGUGAUGCUGCUGCUGAUGGAUGAGGUGUUUGACUUGAAGGAACGAAACCAGUGGCUCCGGAGGAACAUCAAGAACCUUCUACAGCAGCUCAUCAAAGCCACAUAUGGAGACACUAUCAACAGGAAAAUUGUGGAUCAUGUAGACUUCAUGACCUCACCUGAACAAGUAGCAGACUAUGUCAAGAGAUUCAGAGAUUCCUACUGGCCUAAUGGAAUCCUGGCAGAGACGCCACCACGCAGAGACAAGAACAUUCGCAUGAGAACACGAGUAGCAGCUAAGACUAACCUCCUAGGCAUCAUGCCAGACGAGCUGAAGCACAUUAUCGGCGCAGAAACCACACGUAAGGGCAUCCUCCGGGUUUUUGAAAUGUUCCAGCACCAGCAGCUAAACCGCCGCCUCGUCUACGUCUUCCUGGAGGGCUUUCUGGAGACCAUGUUUCCUCAGUACAAGUUCCCAGAGCUCUUCAUCAAGUUGCAUUCACGCUCGCCGCGCAUCCAGGCUUACACACAGAAAGUGCGCAGCUUACAGAAAAGGUGACGCAGCAGCUCAGCCAACAGGAGGCACCACUUACAGAAGAGGAGGGACCGGCCCACGGCCAGGCUGGAGCAGGGGACACGGCCGAGGAAGUGCGUCUGUGUUUGUUUGUCUGUGUGUCUGUGUGCUGACUCAGAACUAGAGUGCUCGGAUGGCACGCCCCUGCCUUGUUCUCCUCCCUGUCGGCCCGCUCAGGCCUCCCUGUUCUUCAGAGAAGCACUGUAACCACGCGGCUCUAGCGUAGGCGAUCCGUUUAGCAUUGUGGAGCGUUCAUUGAAAAACGUGCACACCUGCACCACUAAGAAGCUGCAACGUCUGACCUGUAAUGGCAGCAUAUUAGUAUUUUAUUUGUUUUGUUUAGUUUUUUUGGGAGGAAGUUGCAAUGUGGGAAGAUUCCCUGGACCUGUGUCCACAAAGGUCAGUCACCCCCUAGAAUGUGUACAAUAUGAUUUUGAACAAAUGAGUGGAGAAUGAAAGAAAGGUCAGCUGAUACCUUUACUGUGCUACAUUUAUGAAAAGCAUAGCUAAGGUAAUGAGAAAUUAUUUUAGGGUUUUGCAGCUGGGUUUUAAUUGCACCACAUGUCACUUUUUACGAACUGAA